AAGUCUCCAAACGCCCGGAUAAUAAACGUGGCCUCUAUUGGUCACAUGGCUGGCAAAAUCCACCUUGAUAACAUUAACCUACGUAACGGCGCCUACAGUCCGUUCAAAGCCUACGCUCAGAGCAAACUCGCAAACAUACUGUUCACUCGGGAAAUGGCCCGACGUUUGGGCUAUAAAACCAAUAUCAAGACCUAUAGCCUACAUCCCGGUGCUGUCAACACCGAGUUGGUCCGACAUUCAAACUUGGGCUCAAUUGGCGAUAAGAUAAUGAAAUCCAUAUUUUUAUCGCCAGAAAUGGGGUCUCAGACCAGCCUUUAUUGCGCUCUUGAGGACAGUCUCGACAAUGAGUCCGGAUUUUACUACUCAAACUGUGAACGAGUGGACGCAAUGGUGUUGUCGGCAUCCGAUGACAAAACCGGAGAAGCCUUAUGGGAGUUGAGUCAGGAUAUGGUUCAACUCGAGCCACACCUACGCCUACGACCGGUUACACCUAUGGCCUGGUAG